CUCCUGGGGCUAUCGCGGGCCAGGGCAGUUGGGCUGGUGGUGGACUCUCAUGGCCAUGGAGUGGGGUUCGGAGUCAGGGGCCGUGAGGCGGCACCGCAUCGGAGGGGAGCAUCGGGACGGCCCAGCGCCGGCGCUGCAACCUGAAAGGGAGGCCGCGGCGCAGGAGUCCCUGGCGGACGCAUGCGGCGGCGGCGCGAGGACGCGGAAGCGGAGCGCGAAGGGUAGCGGUGGCGCGAGCCGGGGCGCGGGGACCGGACUGUCGGAGGGGUGCGCGGCGCUGGGGCUGGCGAUCUACCUGCUCGCGCUGCGGGCGCUCGUGCAGCUCUCCUUGCAGCAGCUCAUGCUGCACAGGGCCGGUGGCCACAGCGGGGAGUUCAACGCGCGCCAAGCCAGGGAUUAUCUUGAACACAUAACAUCCAUUGGCCCCAGGACUACAGGAAGUGUAGAAAAUGAAAUUCUGACGGUGCGUUACCUUUUGGAACAGAUUAAACUAAUUGAAGUUCAAAGCAACAGCCUUCACAAGAUUUCAGUAGAUGUACAGCGGCCCACAGGGUCCUUCAGCAUUGACUUCUUGGGAGGGUUUACAAGCUAUUAUGACAACAUCACCAACGUUGUGGUAAAGCUGGAACCCAGAGAUGGAGCCCAGCAUGCUGUCCUGGCUAACUGCCAUUUUGACUCAGUGGCAAACUCACCAGGUGCCAGCGAUGAUGCAGUGAGCUGUUCAGUGAUGCUGGAAGUCCUUCGUGUCCUGUCAAAAUCUUCAGAAGCCUUACAUCAUGCUAUCAUAUUUCUCUUUAAUGGUGCUGAGGAAAAUGUCUUGCAAGCAAGUCAUGGUUUUAUUACUCAACACCCCUGGGCCAGCUUGAUUCGUGUUAUUAACCUGGAGGCAGCAGGUGUAGGAGGGAAAGAACUUGUGUUCCAAACAGGGCCUGAAAAUCCUUGGUUGGUCCAAGCUUAUGUUUCAUCAGCUAAACAUCCUUUUGCUUCUGUGGUGGCUCAGGAGGUUUUCCAGAGUGGAAUCAUUCCUUCAGAUACUGACUUCCGUAUUUACAGAGAUUUUGGGAACAUUCCAGGAAUAGACUUAGCUUUUAUUGAGAAUGGAUACAUUUAUCAUACCAAGUAUGACACUGCAGACAGAAUUCUAACAGAUUCCAUUCAGAGAGCAGGUGACAACAUUUUAGCAGUUCUUAAAUAUCUAGCUACGUCUGAUAUGUUGGCCUCUUCUUCUGAGUAUCAGCAUGGAAACAUGGUCUUCUUUGAUGUGCUUGGCCUGUUUGUCAUUGCUUACCCCUCUCGGGUUGGCUCAAUAAUUAACUACAUGGUGGUAAUGGCUGUUGUUUUAUACCUGGGAAGGAAAUUGUUGCAUCCCAAACAUAAAACUGCUACCUACACAAAGGACUUCUUCUGUGGCCUUGGCAUCACUUUGAUAAGCUGGUUCACUAGUUUGGUUACUGUUCUGAUUAUAGCAGUCUUCAUCUCUCUUAUUGGACAGUCUCUCUCAUGGUAUAAUCACUUCUAUGUCUCCGUUUGUCUGUAUGGAACUGCAGCUGUAGCCAAAAUAAUAUUCAUCCACAGCCUCGCAAAAAAAUUUUAUUUUGUGAAUGCAAGUGACCAGUACCUGGGAGAUGUAUUUUUUGAUGUCUCACUGCUAGUGCAUUGUGGGUUCCUAACAGCUCUCACUUACCGAGGGCUCUGCUCAGCAUUUAUUAGUGCUGUCUGGGUGGCAUUACCAUUGCUUACAAAGCUUUGUGUGCACAAGGACUUGAAGCAGUAUGGUGCUGGAGGAAAAUUCAUUGCCUUUUACCUCUUGGGGAUGUUUAUUCCUUAUCUCUAUGCAUUGUACCUCAUCUGGGCCGUAUUUGAGAUGUUUACUCCUAUCCUUGGGAGAAGUGGUUCAGAAAUUCCACCUGAUGUUGUGCUGGCUUCUAUUUUGGCUGGUUGUACAAUGAUUCUCUCAUCCUAUUUCAUUAACUUCAUCUACCUUGCCAAAAGCACAAAAAGAACCAUGCUAACUUUAACUUUGGUAUGUACAGUUACAUUCCUCCUUGUUUGCAGUGGAACUUUUUUCCCAUACAGUUCCAACCCUUCCAGUCCGAAGCCAAAGAGAGUGUUUCUUCAGCAUGUGACUAGAACAUUUCAUGGCUUGGAUGGACAUGUAGUUAAACGGGACUCUGGAAUUUGGAUCAAUGGGUUUGAUUAUACUGGAAUGUCUCACAUAACACCUCACAUUCCUGAGAUCAACGAUAGCACCCGAGCUCACUGUGAGGAGAACGCGCCACUCUGUGGUUUCCCGUGGUAUCUUCCAGUGCACUUUCUCAUCAGGAAAAACUGGUAUCUUCCUGCCCCAGAAGUUUCUCCAAGAGAUCCUGCUCAUUUUAGACUCGUAUCCAAAGAACAGACACCCUGGGAUUCUAUAAAGCUAACCUUUGAAGCAACAGGACCAAGCCAUAUGUCAUUCUAUGUUCGAACCCACAAAGGGUCUACACUUUCUCAGUGGUCUCUCGGCAAUGGCACCCCAGUCACAAGCAAAGGAGGAGACUACUUUGUAUUUUAUUCCCAUGGACUCCAGGCCUCUGCGUGGCAGUUCUGGAUAGAAGUACAGGUUUUGGAAGAACAACCUGAAGGAAUGGUUACUGUGGCCAUUGCUGCCCACUAUUUUUCUGGGGAAGACAAGAGGUCCUCCCGGCUGGAUGCUUUGAAAGAGAAGUUCCCAGAUUGGACAUUUCCCUCGGCUUGGGUCUGCACCUACAAUCUCUUUGUGUUUUAAUCUUGUGGAUGAGCCCAGUGAAAAUGCACCAUGUGGCAUGGUUUCUCCUGAUGUCACAUGGAUGAAUUUUAGUAAGUCAAUGAAUUUUAAUGCGCAUACGUUCAAAGAGUUUUGUGGGGCUAACACUCUUCAGGGCCAAGCACUGUAAUGGUUAUGCUGUGGGGUAGUGUGCAUGGCCUUUUUGACACUUGAAAAUAACAGUUUUCCGGCACUUAAGCACAUGUGGGUACUGCCACUACACACAUGUCAUUUUAUAUGACCUUAAGGGCAAAAGCCAACAAACCACUUUAAUAGAUAUCACCUUGGGAUCAUGAAUGAUAUAGAAGGUACUGUAAAUCCAUUGUUAAUGAGACAAGUAACAUUUCCAAUUAAAGCCCCAGACCAUUUGUUGUGUCAGUGGAUGGUAGGUAAGAUACCAUUCACAGGGAUAAUGAUUCCCCUUGAGACCUAACUCUAUCUCAUUAGAAAGCAGUUGUGACAAGGACUGAGGAAGAACCAUCGGGCUUUUGAGGCCCCAGCCUGUGAUAAAAGCUGUGCGACUGUAGGCACCCUCUGCAGUGUGCUUUGCAUCUCCGAAGCCUCAGUCCCCUGAUGUGAAGACCUGUGUUGGGUUGGUGACAAGUGGUACUGAGAUCCAACGUUGUAACAUUUUUUUUGAGGUUGUUUUCAAUGCCUGUUUCCUUCUGAACCAUAUCCAUUCCCCUCUCCACAUGCACCAAUGUGAGAAGAGCAUUUGUCUAGUUAUACUUCCUUCGGGUUUCACAGGUUUUUUUGGUUUUCAGGUAUUGUUUGUGCAAGUAUAUGACCUUAAUUUCCUUCCUCAGAGCACUGAGAUGCCAUGGUGGCUAUUCUGGGGUGGGAGGAGCAUUGGGUUGGGAGUGGCUGGGCAUUUUGUAUUUAUUCUCUUCAUUUUUUAGGAAUGUUCUGUUACCCAAGCUCAAUCCUUUAGGGCAUAAUUUUAUUGAUGCACUGGGUCCUUUAUUUUUGUCUGUUUUCCAGCCAGUUGAACAGAUUAGUUUCUCUGUAAACUUACUGUAUCCAGUGGAGCUGGCCUUCUUGAGACUUGAGUUGUGGCUCUGGAAUAUCUUUCUGUAAAGGUCCAUAGACUUGUUCAGAUCCUGCACAGUGGCAGCCCUAGGACCUGGAGCUAAUUUCCGUGUUGAAGAAGUUGGCUGUGAGUUUGUGAGGCUUUUCUCAUGGCUUCCUGUCUCCAGCAGUGGAGAGUUUGAUGAGAAUAGAACCUUUCUUUUUUCCAUUAAAAAUGUAAAAAGUAGGACACUUUUUUAGUUUAGCAAGCAUAAGCCAAGCAACAUUUUAAACAAAGUCCAUAGUAAAACAAAAAGGUGGGACUCAGAUCUGCCUAAACAGAAAGAGCACAAUCAGCUUGCGUCGUAGAAGGAAAUACCAUGUGAAGUUGCUUGUGUGAUGUAUACCGGGUACCUUGUGAAUCAUGCUCCUCAUAUUGCCUGCCCAAUCUGUGACUUAGUAAAAACUGAGUCCACACAGACCAGACAGCAGGGCUGCAGCCAGAGCUUCAGCUCUGAUAAUUUGCUGUCUCAUGUGUGGACACAGGAGCCAUUGCUUUUCCUGGACUUGGUAGGAAGCAUAUACAGUUGACACUUGAAUGACAUGGUGUUUAGGGGUGCCAACCUGCACAAUUGAAAAUCUGUGUAUAACUAACUUUAUGGUCAGACCUCUGUAUCCAAGGUUCCUUAUCUGUGGAGUCAACCAACCACAGCCCGUAUAGUACUGUAAUACUUGUUUAAUGAAAAAAUCUGUGUAUAAGUGGAUCUGCACAGUUCAUAUCCAUGUUGCUCAAGGGUUGGUUGUGUCACUAGCUUCAAGUGUCCGGUGGUACACAUAAGGUUUACAGUGUUUGUAGCUUUUAUAGUAGUCAAAAUUGUGGAGAAAAACUAUUAUCUAAAUGAAUUCAAAAACAGGCAUAGUUCUGUUUGUGGGGUUAAUCUGAAAUACAUCAUUGGAAAUUAUUUAAAGGAAAAAGAAAAACAAAAUCCCAAGUGUUGAGGAAAGACACUCUAUGAGAAAAUAGUUCCCUGUAAUUUUUUUUCCUCUGGGAAGGAUGUUGUUACUCAUUUUCAGUAAUAAUCAUGGUUUUCUUCUUGCCUUUGGGUUAUUUUCCUGUGUUAACAGUUCUCCCUCAUUUUGGUUUUCUUCAACAUUAUAAAGCUCUGAUAUUUUAUACUGUCUGCAACAAUUUGCUCACUAGUGUGAGGGCAGCUUGAUAUUCUGGGAGACUGUUGUAAUACCAAAACAAUAUUCAUGGCUCUGUUAAUAAGUACAUUGUCAGAUCAGUCGUCUCUGAAGUUAGAAGCUGUUCGUUUUCUGAGUAUCUGAUUAUUUGAAUAACUAAUUUCUAAAAGGGUCUUUUCAAAUUCCAACAAAUGCAUUAUUUCCUACAGAACUUAAAAUGUACAUAAGCACAGUAUACUGCACAUUCAGGGAAAGCAUGAAGGACUGUGAUUUUGAAGAAAUUCUUAAAAUUUAUAUUGUGUCUGACCUAAAAAUGACAGGAUUCCUAAAAUAUCACCACUGAGGGAACCAGAGGCCAGCCUGCUGACUCAGGAAGCUGUAGGAAGAAUGACUGUCCAUUUCUUUUUCACUGGUUCCCUGAGGAUUAAUUGUUGCCUUACAAUGUUACUGAAAUAAACUUUUUAAAAUACUAGUAUCUUUAACAGAGAAACAGAUCUUCAUUUUUUUGUUCUGAAUCCCCACAUGUGAAGGGGUAUUUUAUGUCUAUAGAGCCUUUUAAAGCUUUUCUUUUAAAAAACUGCUGUUAAAAGAUCUACGUGGUUCACAUGGGUAUAACUGCCAUUUUAAUGGGUCAUGUGAGCACAAAACUCAACAUAGCUUCAACUGGAAUCCAUUUACUGUGGAAUAAAAUCAUGCAUCUGAAUUUCACAGGAAUUAAUGGCCUAUCUGGCAGAUAAUGAGCUUCAGCAUAUUUAUCAUGUCCACUGGCAAAGAAAAUCACCAAAGGGCUAAUAAAGGAUAUUCUUUUCUUGGGUGAUAAGAGGGAGAGAAGAUAAAAAUUGUCUUUCAGCUAGAGGAUGACACACUGCUCAUUCCAAUCGCUACAUAAGGGAAGGGCAGCACCCCCCCCCCCCAAAACAAGAGUACCCCCCUGUGAGUUCCAAGAGCUCCUAUGCAAGUUACUUCCAUGAGUGAAUUCCCUCCAGUUGUGUACAAGGUCAAACAACUGAACAGAACAGCUGAGUGGAAGAGACAGCUUCUAUUCUUAAUACACCUUACCUUCUUUUAGGGCUAAUAAAGCCUAAAUGCAUUUAUUGCCACUUUA